AUGAAUAUAGAUUUCGAGGCUAUGGCUGUUUUAGAGGAGGAAUCACAAAACGAGUCGCUUGGCGUGUUCGGCUCGUCAGGGGCGGGCGUGGUGACGGGCGAGCGGCGUGAGAGCGGCAAGCGUGGUCGCAGGCCGGGCAGGAAGGCUCAGCUAGACAAACAGGACAUGAAGGCUAAACUGGUUGCCACAUCAGAACGCAGUCGUCAGUCAGCUCGGGAGUGCAGAGCUCGUAAGAAGCUCCGCUACCAGUACCUCGAGGAGUUGGUCGCUGAUAGAGAGAGGUCGGUACUGGCGCUGAGGAAGGAACUUGAUAAGUACUAUAAAUGGAAUCUGGAAUUGGAUCAAGGUCGUAUGCCCGAAGGUUUGGACCUACUGCUCCAAGAGAUGGGCGUGGUGAAAGAGGAGGUCAAGAUAUAA